UGUGUCUGGGGGCCGGUAUAUGUGAUUUUUAGGAACACUAAUACAAAACCUCACUAUAAUGUCUGAUUGAAUGCUAAAAACAAUAAUUACAGACCGCCUUUAAAAAUGGAAUGGAAUUUUAAUUUUUUUUACUGAAUGAGACACCCAGAAUGUACAUGAAAAUAAAGAAUGUGGGAUUUACAAUAUUAACUAUGAACGAUAAAACACUGAAUAUUGACAACAUAUGAAUGUCACACCCUCUCGAUCGACAUAUUUUACAGUCAAGCGAAACGCAACAAAAAUGCAACAAACACAGCGAAAUAUGAACGCAAAGGGUUAAAAAAACAAAAAACACCUACGAUCUCAUAUAUCACUAAGCUUUUUUUUAAAAAUUUUUUUUUUAAGUUGAUAUAGAGAUUUACUGUAAGUGUUAAAUAAAAAAUAAUAAUAAAAAUUAGACUUAUUUUUAACAUUUUAAUAACUGAGACCCUUUAUGGUCCCCGGGACCCCUAAAAGUAAAAUAAAUAAAAAAAAACGUAUAUUUUGUUAUGGUUUGAAAAUGAAAAAUAUCAAAAUGGCCCCCACAUGCUUUAAUUAUUCCGUGUGCGGCCCUCAGUGGAAAAAGUUUGGACACCCCUGCCUUAAAACAAGUAAAACACUCUACCAUAAAAUCUGCUUGGUGAGAAGAAUGAUCUUAUCAGACAGAAAAUAAACAAAUAUCACCCUUAUUUGAGAUAUUUCAUCUUACUUAGAUUUCAGUUUUCGCAGUGUGGUGGUUAUUUGCACACAAUAGGAGACUCUGCGCUUAAUUGAAUAGAAAUUUAAAUUGGAGAAUUAGUCUGCCCGAUUCAUUGUAAUGCAUUUUCCAGCAGUUAACUACAGAGUUAGGUUAUGUGUCAUUUCACAUAAUGUGUGGACGUAGCUGUCUUCUUUUCAGCUCUCUCCAAACUUCUACCUUCUCUCUCUCUCUCUCUCUUGGACACUUUUUUUUUUUUUUUUUUUUUACACGAGCACCUCCUCUUUUUAUUCUCUGUGGGUACAGGUGGCACCUCAUGACUCACACUUUGCCUUUGGACACACCUCCAAAUGUUGUUUUUUUUGGCUACACUUUUUUCCUCUUUUAGUCCUAUGGCAUUUUUUUUUUCUUUUUUCUGCAAACUCUCCGGGAGAAAGAGGUUUUGAUGCCUCGCUAGAACAGUGCUCUUUGGAAGCAAACUCUCCAGGAACCACUCCAAAUAUCCCUAUUUCGUUCUUCCACUUACUUGACAACGCAUCAUGGAAACAAUCAGAAUAUUUUAUUUUUCUCCUUUUUUUUUUCCCAGUAUCCCUCUAGGUGGCGACGGUCGCCCACCAACACAACUGGACAAACUGCCCUUUAAAGGUCAAAGAUCACCACAACGUAUGUGAAUCUAGGUGUCAACGUAUUCAAAUACGCCGCUAUGCCACACAAAGACGUAUCUGGAUGCAAGCAAGAGUCGUGGAGAUGACCUACUGCGCUAAUGAAUGGCACGGAGAUGAGCAUCCGAACAACUCUCAUGUCUCCUUGGCAAGCGGCUCCAAAUGACAUCCCGCUGUGAAAAGACAACGGGAUAUAAAAGAGCCCAGUUCUUCCCCCCGAUCAGAUGCCUUCUUCUUACAGCCGACAGAAGAUGAGGUGGCACACCCCCAAGUUGCAACACCUGGCCGAGUCACGCUCGUCUGGCAAGCAGAAGGUUCUGGUUGUUCUUCUGCUGUUGCUGCUGUCCCAGGCGGUGCUGUGCAAUGUCCACAGUGUGUCCAGUGAGUGCUGCAAGCAGCCGUCUCGCCCGUGUCGCCUGCACCUGCUGCUGUGUCGCUCAGGCGGGGCCGCCAAGGUGUUGGCCGACGUCUCCGCCGGCAUCCUCACCCUGGGCAAGCGCACGCUGGACGAGCCCAACUUCCACAGUCGCCUGCAACAGCUUCUCCACGAGUCCAGGGACCGUGCCGCCGGCAUCCUGACCAUGGGCAGGAGAGCCCCGCCGGGGGUCAAAGGUCACCAUGCGCCCCCGUCGGACGCCGCCGUCGCUCUUUUGCCUGUUUGAUGGGCUGCAAAGCAUCCUGGGACUUCUAAUAAACACAACAGGAAUGGAAUAAUUUACAUAUUGUGUCGUAAUAAAAUGCAAC